UGGGAACAUGGCAUAUGUUGGACUUUUGUGGGCUCUUUCAGAGAUCCGACCGACCAGACACAUUCAACCUCAUCACAUCUGUUUCUCUUUCUUUCUUUCAAUUCAACUCUACAUUUCCUUUCUGCGGAUUCCUGUAGAAUCCAUUUCUUUCAAUUCGAACUCACAAAAAUGUCGACCCACCAUGCCAAGACGGAUUCCGAAGAUACCAGCUUAGCCCCUUCCUCACCGAACCGGGCGGUCUACUACGUCCAGAGCCCGUCCAGAGACUCCCACGACGGCGAGAAGACCACCAACUCCUUCCACUCCACUCCCAUCCUCAGCCCCGUCGGCUCUCCCGGCCGCCACUCCCGCGACUCCUCCUCCACCAGAUUCUCCGGUUCACUCAAACCCGGCUCCCAGAAGUCCACCAACGGCUCCCGGCACCACCAGCACAUUAAUCCCCGCAAGGCGGAGAAGCAGUGGAAGGAAUUCGGCGCCAUUGAAGAAGAGGGACUUCUCGAUGAGAGCAGUCGCCGGUCGGGCCUCCCGCGCCGCUGCUACUUCCCGGCGUUCGUCCUCGGUUUCUUCCUCCUCUUCGGCUUCUUUUCUCUGAUCCUGUGGGGUGUCAGUCGCAAUCAGAAACCUCAUCUUACCAUGAAGAGCAUUUCUUUCAAUCAAUUUGUGAUUCAAGCCGGCAUGGACCACUCCGGCGUCGCGACGGAGAUGGUGUCGAUGAACUGCACCGUCAAGUUUGUUUUCCGUAACGAAGGAACGUUUUUUGGGACGCACGUAACGUCUACGCCGUUAGAUCUCUCAUAUUCCGAGCUCACCGUCGCUACAGGAACUAUGAACCAGUUCUAUCAAUCAAGAAAGAGCCAGAGGACCGUAACAGUGACGUUAAGAGGGAACGGGAUUCCGUUAUACGGCGGCGGUGCUGACCUGACAAGCAAUGACGGAAAGCCGACGGUGCCGGUGCCGUUGACGUUGAGAUUUAAGGUGAGAGCAAGGGCUUAUGUGUUGGGCCAGCUGGUGAAGCCCAAGUUUUAUAGAAGGGUCCAGUGCUCGGUUGUUUUGGAUCCAAAGAAGAUGAAUGUGGCCAUUAAGCUCAGGAAAAGCUCUUGUAGUUAUUCAUAGUUAAUGAUAUUUUGUUAUGUACUUGUACCAUAAAUGUAGUCGUUUCCAUUAGGAUAGAUGGGGGCAAAUUAUGCCUAUGUCCAACAUUUUUGGUUUUCUUUUUUUCUUUUGAAUCAGGUGCAUUGGAUUGCUUAAAGUCCAUGGAUUGUCAAUCAAUUUGAGACUUUGUUACUGAUACUUUU